CGACGAUCGUGACGGCGGCGUGGGGCGUCGUGACGUCGGACGUCAGCGUCGGCGACGCGCCAUCUUGAAUACGGCGUGAGGUGGAUGACAACGGCGCGAGCACAGAAUCGGAUUAGGGAGAGCAAGUUUACCCCCCAAUAGGAAGCUUUGAAGUCGGUUAUCGCAAGUAAUAAUACUGCUUUCGUCCGUUCGAUCAACAGAGCUCCAAACGUGUACAUGUGGCAAACGGCACGGUCUACACUUGGUCUCCAGACCUCUUAUUCUGACAAAGGACCGAAGCCUACAAACGGAAAGUUUCUGUAUUUUGAUCACGUCACAUUCUAUGUUGGCAAUGCAAAACAGGCUGCCUCUUACUAUGUAACCAGGCUGGGAUUCCAGCCCUUGGCAUACAAAGGGCUGGAAACUGGAAGCCGAAAAUACGCGCACCAUGUAGUUCAUCAAAAUAGGAUUAUCUUCCAGUUCGUGUCCCCGUAUGAAUCGGAUGACAAAGAAGUCAAUCAACACGUCUCAAAACAUGGAGACGGAGUAAAGGACGUUGCAUUUGCCGUAGAAAAUCUGGAUGCAAUCGUAGCUCAUGCUCGGAAACAAGGCGCAAAGAUAGUAAAGGAUAUAUGGGAAGAAUCUGACGACAAUGGCAAAGUUCGUUUCGCCAAAAUCCAAACGUACGGUGAUACCACCCACACUCUGGUCGAUCGCUCAGCAUACAAAGGGUUGUUUUUACCGUGCUACAUGACACUACCCAACGAUGAGUUAGGAAAGAAGCUACCUCCAGGAAAACUGGACUUCGUGGACCAUGUGGUAGGAAACCAGCCAGAUCACCAUAUGGAAUCUGUAGCGAAAUGGUACGAAUCGAUUUUGCAAUUCCACAGAUUCUGGUCGGUGGACGACAGUCAGCUUCAUACAGAGUAUUCUGCUUUGAGAUCCAUAGUAAUGGCUAACUGGGAAGAGACCGUUAAGAUGCCAAUAAACGAACCGGCAGCAGGAAGAAAAAGAGUCAGAUUCAAGAAUAUGUCGACUACUACGGAGGUGCUGGGGUCCAACACAUCGCUUUGAAUACUCAAGACAUCAUUUCAUCGGUGAGAAACCUGAAAGCAAGAGGCAUAGAAUUCUUGCAAGUUCCGGAUACAUACUACGACAUGCUGAGACAGAAACUGAAGCACAGCAAAGUGAAGGUGGUCGAAGAGUUGGACAUUUUGCAAGAGCUGAAGAUAUUGAUCGACUACGACGAAAAUGGAUACCUCUUACAGAUCUUCACCAAAAAUAUGCAAGACCGGCCAACUCUGUUCCUUGAAGUCAUCCAGAGAAGGAACCACAAUGGGUUCGGCGCAGGAAACUUCAAAGCCCUCUUUGAAGCCAUUGAGUUGGAACAAGCUAAAAGAGGCAAUUUGUAAUGUUGCAUUACAUUAAAAAAAGAAAACCCUGAUAUAAGAUUUUUACUUUAUACACUUUAUUAAUAACUGCUUUUCAUAAUAUACAAAAAUAAAUAUAUCAUUAAUAUAAGAAAAUAGAACUUAAACAUUUGUACUUAGACACUUUAGGUUUUAUCAUCCACUAUGUAAUAUCGCUGAGUUAUUUUAAGGAGGACGUUCAUAAUAAGUAAUUUUAGUUAUUUUGUAUUUCAUAUGAUAUGUUAGCUAUGUUGGUGCUGUAGACAAUAAAACAUCACUUUGUUUCAAUUG